UAGCUGUACUCUGGCGCUGUCCAGCUGCUGAAAGAUGAAUUCGAGCAGGCAGCCUGUGAGCAGCUCUCCGUUUAGGAGAAUGUACUCAAUCUCCUCUCGGAGAUCGAGUCGGAAUCUGGGCUCUCAGAUCCCAACAUUCAGCUCCCAGGAGUGGUCCAGAGACACUUCCCACAGACAGGGAGGUCUGGCGGCGAGCCGAGACUCCAGGCUGCGGGGAAAUGCUGGGAUCAGCCUCGGAUAUGACCAAGUGCUGGGCGCCAAUGAGAAGGAGCUGCUGCAGGGGCUGAAUGACCGCUUCGCCAGCUUCAUCGACAAGGUCCGUCAGCUGGAACAAAGCAACAAGGCUCUGGAGGCAGAAAUCACCGAGUUAAGGGCAAGCCAAACCUCCCAGUCUGACCUCGCUAAUGUCUAUGAGCCAGAAAUGACCGAGCUCCGGAACCUCAUCCAAGAAAGUGAGAAGCAGAAGCUGGUUUUCCACUUGGACCGGGAUCACCUGGAGGAAGAUCUCCGCCGGUUGCAGAGGAAAUACGAGGAAGAGAGACAGAUCCGACAAGAGGCUGAAGCCACUCUCCAGGCUUUGAAGAAAGACACAGAGAGUGUGCUCAUGACCAAACUGGAGCUGGAGAAGAAAGCCCAGGCUUUGGCGGAUGAGAUCGAGUUCCUGAAGAGCAACCACGAGGAAGAGGUGGCCGAUCUCUUCUCUCAGAUCCAAGCCUCCCAGGUCGGGGUGGAAAUGAAAGAUUUCCUGAAGCCGGACCUGACUGGGGCCCUGAGAGAGAUCCGGGCGCAGCUGGAAGGCUGCACCAAUGUCAACCUGCAGCAGGCAGAGCAGUGGUUCACAGCGAGAGUGGCCAAGCUCAAUGAUGCUGCAGCCAGCAACAGGGAGACUCUGCAGAAGACACGGCAGGAGAUCAGUGAGUACAAUCGCCAGCUCCAGUCCAAGAACCUGCAGCUGGAGACAGUCAGAGGGAGGAAGGAGUCUUUGGAGAAACAGUUGGAUGAUGUUGGAAGCAGAAACCGUGCUGAAUUAAUGCGGUACCAGGACACCGUUCAACAAUUAGAGAACGAGCUGAGACACACCAAACAGGAGAUGGCUCGUCAACUCAGGGAGUAUCAAGAUCUGCUCAACGUCAAACUGGCUCUAGAUGUGGAGAUCACCUCCUACAGGAAACUCUUGGAAGGUGAGGAGGCAAGAUUUGGUUCAGAUACUGAUCACUUCAGUCUGUUAUCCUCGACAUGCAAGGAACCUCAAAAUAUGACACAAUUGUUUCAUGUCUCAACUAAGACAAAGGCGACCCCUGAGUUCAGGUUUGUAGAAGAGAUUGUAAGUGAGACGGCAAAGGAAAUUGACCUGGCAGAGCUUGAAGAUGCUUAUAUGAAAAUGAAACAUGGCCAACUCUACGAUGAAGGAUUUGAGGAAAAUAAAUCAACGACAGAAGAGGAGGCAGGAGAAAGUGAAGAGGGGUUAUCAGCUCCAGACAUAGGUGUGGGAAGAACCACUGAUACAAAAGACAAGGCAGGAGGAGAAUCAAAAGGACUUAAAGAAACGUCAACCACUGAAGCAAAGGAUGAAGAGAAAGGGGUUGAGGCCAAAGAAGGAGAAGAAGGUACUGAAGCCAAAAAGAAGGAAGAAGUAAAGGAUGUUGUUCAGGCAAAAGAAAAAGCCAGUGAAGGAGAGACUGUUCAGGCAAAAGCAGAAGCUGUGGAAGGAGCAGCUGCUACAGCCAAAGAGGAAGACAUUGGGGAGAAAGGUGUUGAGUCAAAACCAAGUGAAAUGGAAGGAAAAGCUGGUGAGACAAAAGAAGAGGCUGUGGAGGAAGGAACCAUGAAGGCUGGUGGUAAUAAAGAAGCACAACUUCAGGAACAGACAAAAGGCCACGAAGUUUUGAAGACAAAAGAAAAAAAAAGUAAGAAAGAUGAAGAAAAGGAAAGCAAAGAAAAUGAAAAAUGAAUUACAUUCUUUAAGAGAAAGAUAAUUAAAGAAUUUCUGUAAAUGAAGGAAGAAAAUGAAACCAAUCAUCCAGUCCACUGAUCCAAAAAAACUCUGAAGUCAUUAUGAAUGGUUUGAUCAUAAAUUGAAUGAAAUAAAUUGAAACUGAAGGAAAAUUCAGACAGCCUUCCUGCCAAAUAAUGUUGAAAGUCUGUUGUAGUCAUGGUGACAAGAGAAAACAAGACACAAUGGCAAUGCAUGGUGAAAAACAAAGCAAAAAUACAAACUGGCCAUUACCAUAAGACCAGGCAGAGACAAAAUGAUAAAUGAAUGAGAAUGCUUAAUAAUGUUGAGAUGACAAGCUGUAACUAGUUGUCUAUGUAUCUUGUCAUCAGCAUGGGAAUGGGUUCUGACCCUCAAAAUGAACCAAGCCUGAGACUAGAGUGAGUGACUGCUGGCCAAUCCACUCCAUUGGUUAGAGGAGUGUUUUAAAAUCUGCUCUAAGCUAUGUAAAUGUGUGGUAAUACAGUAAAGGUAAUCAGACUACUAAGUAGGUAAUUCAGUAAUGGUAUUCCAGAUGAAAAGUCAAUAAUCUAAUUUCUUGUUCACAAUUAAAAUCACUGUUAAAAGGAAAUCUGUUCAGCUGCCAAUUAUUUUAAAUUGUUCCAAGUUAUUUACUCUAAAGACUUUGAAAUAUAUCAAAUUGUGUCACACAAUAAGCUAUCCCCAUAGCUUUUUAAGGCAAUUAUUUUCAUGUAGUAAACAAGAGAUUCUAAUGAAUCUUCUAUCACCAAAACCAAGCAAGUGACUCAUUAUCUGAUGUUCAACCACAAGAGUCAUCACAGCCCUGCCCAUAUCUAUGUUCAUCCAACAUGCACAAUCCACCACAUUUCAACAAUAUUUUCCCAUCCUUCUCCAGAGACAUAAAGGAUAAUUCGGGGUCUAAAUGAUUUGGAUUUGCUUCCUGACACUGGAAUUGUGAAUAGUCCCACUCACCACUGGCAGCCUGACUCUCUCUGACUUGAAUAUACUGUAUCAUUCUCUAUUUCAGAUUGGGUUGGACAUAGACUAUUAUCAUAAUCUCUAAUUGUUCAACCAAAUCUAAAGCUGUGUUGGGCU